UUUCAGCUCGUGCCACAUGCUGAGGAGCAACAAUAAUAUUUGCAGAGCCGCAAGUGGUUGAGGUCGCAGCGCGCAGGGAGAGCCUGUCCCAGCACCUUCCCGCAUGAUGACAAUACUUGUGGUUUAUACAGUCCUAAACGCCCAUACCAUAGAGGAGAGGCUGGGUGCGGCGGAGCGGUACAGGAUGGUAGAAGGUCGCAUCCCACAUGCAUAUGCACUCAGAAUUCGCACGAGAGCAGUUCUGUGCCUGUUAUAGGUCAUGGUUUUGAGUUCAUCAUCGCAAACGGACGCACGAAGAUCCAAAACUUGAAAGGGGCUCCCCGCGCAUACAGCAAAGAUGUCUGUAUUUAUGAGAUCAUUGUUUUUGUUUAUGGAUGUCCUGUUAUUUGCUGAAUUUACCUCUAGUAUGGAUGUAGAUAUUUGCGUACCCGUUCGAAUGGAUCAACUACCCGGAAAGCAUUCCGGUCGUGGAGAGGAGAGGAUUAGUGACAAUGAAGUUGUAUUCAGAGUUAGCGCUUUCCAGCAGGAGUUUAUCCUCAGCCUCAGACAGGAUUCCCAUUUCUUGGGGCCAGGCAUCGCCCCGGAAAGCGGCACCUCAGCUCCUAACUCCUCUGAGUUGAGAAGCUGCUUCUACUCCGGUGACGUUAACGCGGACCGGGAUUCCUACGUUGCCCUCAGUCUUUGCAAAGGUCUCCAGGGCGCGUUCUCAUACGGGGGCAUGGAGUAUUUUAUUAGUGUGAAUAAGAACGUGACUUUUUCGGAACAUUCAACCAGUUUUGAGCGAACUCACGUCAUCCGCCGGCGGGGACGCUCUGAAUCAGGUAACAGUCCCAGUAGCAAGUGUAUGGUGGGACCCGGAUCAGAAUUCAACAUCUCUGGGUCUUUGGAGAAAUACAGGCACAGGGGAGGCCCGGAGGGUGGCGGACUGUCAGAUAACGCGCCGUGGAGCCUGAGCCGGUCACGGAGGUUUGCCUCGAUCCCCAGGUUUGUGGAGGUUCUUGUGGUGGCGGAUGAGUCCAUGGCCAAGUUCCACGGUGACGACUUGAAGCAAUACCUGCUAACGCUGUUGUCGGUGGCGGCGCAGCUUUACCGGCACCCCAGCAUCCUCAACUCCAUCAACCUGGUGGUGGUGGGUUUCAUGGUCAUUAGCGAGGCGGACAAGGGUCCGAAGGUCUCCAGCAACGCAGCUGUCACGCUCAGGAACUUCUGCUCCUGGCAGAAGAAGAUCAACAAGCACAGCGACGCCCAUCCGGAGUACUGGGACACGGCCAUCCUUUUCACCAAGCAGGACCUGUGUGGGGCAUCUACCUGUGACACGCUGGGCAUGGCGGACGUGGGCACCAUGUGUGACCCCCGGAGGAGCUGCUCCGUCAUUGAGGACGACGGCCUGCCCUCCGCCUUCACCACCGCCCACGAGCUAGGGCACGUGUUCAACAUGCCGCAUGACAACGUGCGAGCAUGUGAGGAUGUGUUCGGGAGGCAGAGGGACAAUCACAUGAUGUCGCCCACGCUGAUCCAGAUCAGCCGCCACAAGCCCUGGUCGUCAUGCAGCGCCGCCAUCAUCACCGACUUCCUGGACCGCGGACACGGUGACUGUCUGCUGGAUCAGCCUGCAAGGCACCUCUCCCUGCCAGACAGCUUGCCAGGCAGAAGCUACAGCCUGCCCCGGCAGUGUGAGUUAGCCUUCGGCUUGGCCUCCAAGCCCUGCCCCUACAUGCAGCCGUGCUCCAAGCUGUGGUGCACAGGGCAGGCGCGGGGCCAGCUGGUCUGCCAGACCAGACACUUCCCCUGGGCUGACGGGACAGGCUGUGGGGGGGACAGGGUCUGCUACCGGGGGGGCUGCACCCACAGGAACAACACAAGCCAACCCAAGGUGGAUGGGCGCUGGGGGAAGUGGGGUGGCUUCGGCCCGUGUUCUAGGACCUGUGGUGGAGGGGCCCAGCUGGCCAGGAGGGAGUGUGACCACCCAGCACCAGAACACGGGGGGAAGUUCUGUCAGGGUCUACGGAUUCGGUACCGGUCCUGCAACCUGGAGCCCUGUGCAUCACGCAAAGGGAAGACAUUCCGGGAGGAGCAGUGCGAGGCGUUCAACGGUUUCAGCCUGAACACCAACCGGCUGAGCUCCUCCGUGGUCUGGGUGCCCAAGUACUCGGGCGUCUCACCCAAGGACAAGUGCAAGCUCAUCUGCCGGGCCAACGGCACUGGAUACUUCUACGUCCUGGCUCCUAAGGUGGUGGAUGGGACCCCCUGCUCCCCAGACACGGCUGCCCUGUGCGUCCAGGGGAGGUGUAUCAAGGCUGGCUGCGACGGCAAGCUGAGCUCCUCUAAGAAGUUUGACAAGUGUGGCGUCUGCGGGGGAGACAACCAGAGCUGCAGGAGGUUCUCCGGCAUAUUCUCCAAGCCCAUACACGGCUACAACUUUGUGGCUAAGCUGCCUGUGGGCGCCACAAACAUUGACGUCCGCCAGCGCGGCUACCGGGGAUUGGUCAACGAUGACAACUACCUGGCGUUGCGUGACGCGCGGGGGCGCUACCUCCUGAAUGGGAACUACGUGGUGUCGGCGGCGGAGAGAGACGUGCUGGUGCCCGGCGGCCUGCUGAGGUACAGCGGCACCUCCAUCUCCGUGGAGACGCUGCGUGGCACGCGGCCGCUGCAGGAAGCGCUCACCCUGGAGGUGCUGUCCGUGGGCAGGAUGACUCCUCCUCGCAUACGCUACUCCUUCUACCGGCCAGGGGAGGGGAGGAGCAAGGACGAGCGGAGGGGGGGGGGGGAGGAGGAGAGGAGCCGCAACAGUGUUCUGAUGGACAGCAACCAGGGUGGGAGGGAGAGAGAGAAGGAGGGAGGGGUGGAGAGGAGGGUGGUUGGGUUUUGGGAGGCGGGGGGGUGGGGGGACUGCUCAGUGAGCUGUGGCAGUGGUGUGCAGCACAGGGCGGUGCAGUGCCAGGGCCCUGCAGGGGGGCCUGCCCCGGACUGUGACCCCCUCCUCAGACCCCCAGGCAGCAGGGUCUGUGGAGGCCCUUGCCCCCUGUGGGAGGUGGGACCUUGGUCACUUUGCUCCAAGAGCUGUGGCCGGGGCUUCAAGCGACGCCAACUACUCUGUGUGACUCAGACGAGGAUGAACUUACCCAGGGAGCACUGCUCCGGACAGAGGAAGCCUCAGGAGCUGGACCUGUGUAACCUGGGGCCCUGCUCGAGCCAGGGGAUCCUGUCAUGAACCCUGGUUCUGCCCUGGCCCUUGGACCAUGUAGCCCUCCUCUGGAUCCUGAGAACCUGGGGCCUUACCCUUGUCCCUAGGGCCCUGUCCUGGAGGAUGAGGUUGUUAGGAGAAUUACGAGCCUCACAGACAUGGAGAGGUGGACAUGUUCUCGUCCUGAGACAGUAAGAUAGGGAUGCAAUAUGUCUGCUGAAGGACAUGGGACAUUAAGGUCAUGAGUGUGCCACUGGACCUGGAACCCUCCAGUCUGUCUGCUCCACCUGUGAUUGGAUACUGCUGAGUGCAUGAGACUGCAGGGAGAAUUGACUGAGUGUGUUUGAACUCCAUAAAGGGUAUGGAAAAGAGGGACAACGUGUUAGAUCAUAUCUUUUUGACUUUUAUGGUCCACUUACCUCUAGCAGGACAACACACACACACAUAAACCUUUUUUUACAAAGAAUUACAAAGACAUGCUGGUCUAAGUUUAGGCCAAGUUCUUACACAACCAGUUAAAUCAAUCAAUCACUGGAUUUCAUACAUUGGAGUGAAAUGCGAAACAGCUUGCACUCUUUAUCUGGGGGUUUGCUUUACCCCAUGUUUAUAAGAACACGAAACAUUAUAAUUGGUUUAUUAGUACUGCUUUACGAACAAUGUAUCUAUUUUGGUUCAUGUAUCAGUUGUAUAUGCCAUUGCUAGUGUACAUGUGGCUUAAUGGAAGCCAUGCUUUGUCGGCACGUUUCCUGCCAAAGACACGAGCCUGGUGAUCAGAGAAGCCUCAGAACUGCUACAGUAUGUUCCGGAGAAGAACUGUUAGAACACUGUCCCAGGGUUCCCUCAUCUGCCUCUCUCUUCCUUCCCCCACAUCCUGGCUCUCUCACUGUCCUGAGCCGUUCCAGGAUCCACCCAGCUGAGCCAUCCAGUACCCAGACUGAGGGACAAACAUACCUACUUUUCUGUAUACUGUACCGUAUAGAACCAUGUAAAGUGAGUGUAAAGACCUUACAAGUGUAUAUAGCAGUAAUAGGUGAGCUGAAAGACAUGACCGUUGUUCUGUAUAUAGGGCCUCACAGAUGUAGACAGUGAGGGGUAGGUCUAACCUGGCAUCUGGAUUCAUUCUGUUGCCUUCGUGUUCUUCUGUUGAUGUUGCAGUGAUACUACCUGAUGAGUCGGCUUCCCUCCUUCACAGACUCAUCACUCUGACAUCAUCAGCGGGGAUGUUUCUCUCUGCUCAUUUCUCUACUGGUUUCUCCACUAUUCUAUCCAGUCCAGACAGUCGCUACAAGGUCUCGACAAGAAGCAGAUCGCUUUGCUUUAAACUCCGGUCUUAUCAGACAUCACACGGAGCAGUGGUGGGUUCCUCCCCUCUUCUUUAUCUCAACUCCUCCUUUCUCAUCUGUUUUUCUUGUGUUUCUGUACAAUUGAUCUUCUGUGAGCGUAUACUGUGUAUACAUCUCUGUAGCUGUGUACAAAUACAUCAACAAGCCGUGUGUUUUUUUGUUAACAGUAAAACUUUACAUUA